AUGAUAAUUUUGCUAAUUUUUAUUUUAGAUACUGUGAAAAGUGAUAAACAACCACAUGCAUCAUCUGGAGUGACACAAGACUUACCAAUGCUGAUAGAACACAUUUUUUUCACUGAUAGAAAAAUUUAUGCGACUGGAGAAAUACUAGAAACAACUGCUUUUGCUGAGUCGCCUACGACUAUAACGUCUGCAUCUACUAUAACUGCUGAACCGUCAGGCAUAGAACUACAUCCGAAAAAACGUUUAAGAGUUAGCAGUAUUGAAUCUAUGACUAGUGAUAAUUCAUCCACCACCAAUGUUACUGCUGUAGAAAUUAAUCAGUCCAGCACAACCAGUGAACCUGCGACUGGAGAAAUACCAGAAACAACUGCUUUUGCUGAGUCGCCUACGACUAUAACGUCUGCAUCUACUAUAACUGCUGAACCGUCAGGCAUAGAACUACAUCCGAAAAAACGUUUAAAAGUUAGCAGUAUUGAAUCUAUGACUAGUGAUAAUUCAUCCGCCACCAAUGUUACUGCUGUAGAAAUUAAUCAGUCCAGCACAACCAGUGAACCUGCGACUGGAGAAAUACCAGAAACAACUGCUUUUGCUGAGUCGCCUACGACUAUAACGUCUGCAUCUACUAUAACUGCUGAACCGUCAGGCAUAAAACUACAUCCGAAAAAACGUUUAAAAGUUAGCAGUAUUGAAUCUAUGACUAGUGAUAAUUCAUCCGCCACCAAUGUUACUGCUGUAGAAAUUAAUCAGUCCAGCACAACCAGUGAACCUACUCCAUUUACCAAUUACUAUCAAAUGUUUUUAAACAUUAGAAAACAAAUUCAUGAGAAACAUAUGAGUAUGUUUCCUGUGCAACCGAAACCACCAUUUGGCUUUGAAGACUAUCUUAUGAACAGGCGUACGUAUAUUUUGGAUUCCAACUAUAAAAACCGUGUGGUACAUACACAAACUCCUACGCCAACUAAUUUACACAAGCAUUUAAAAAGUCUGUUUGUUGAACAAGAAAAAGAGAGACAAAAUCUUCGUGUAAAGCACUUAGUAGAAAAAGAAAAAUUGGUGCUGAGUGUUGAACAAGAGAUACUGAGAGUUCAUGGACGCGCAGCUCGUGUCUUAGCUAAUCAGCCUUUACCAUUUUCUGUAUGUACUGUACUCAAGGACAAUGAUGUAUAUAAAAUUAUGAAACAUAAGCAAGAAGAAUAUAAGAAUGAACAUGUACAUUCCGGUGACAAUGGUCGUAUUUUUUUGUCAUGGCUACAAGAAAUAGAUGAUAAAUGGGAAAAGAUUAAGAUUGAUUUGUUACUGAGACAACACUAUGAGGCAGAUAGUUUACAUGCUGUACAGAAAAUGAAUUGGGGAUGGAAGUUGAAGGAGAUUCAGUUGUGUACCUAUAGCAGCUUGGAACCCAAUAUCGACGAAGAACAUGUACCGAUGGUUCAAGUCAACAAAGAUUUUGAUCACUUUCCCGCCUAA